UCUUCAUGCCUUUUAUCUCUCAUAGUUAUGAUUCAGCUCAAGCAGUGAAACUAGCUGCAGGAGGGAGAUUGUGGUUCCAGAAGCUGUCACAUCUCAAGGGGAUAUUUAACUGACUUCAGACCCUUAUAAAGAACGUCAGUCAACCCGCCACUUUGAUUUGGCUUACUUUGACUAUAGGAAACAAUCCAAAUGAGAAAUAUGCACUGGGAGAAAUCGCCUCCAGCAGCACUGGCCCGGUCCAGGCCGUACCAGGGAGUUCGAGUCAAAGACCCGGUCAAAGAGCUGCUGAGGAGGAAGAGGAGUCUGGAGCCGCACAGCACCAAGACAGCGCCCCCCACUGUGGAUGUGGUCUCACACAGCAACCAGUCAUCGUACACACAAGGCGUCUUCACCUCUGACACUGUUUCAUCUGAGUUGCCUGCCGUCAGUGAUGCAGGGCAGCUUUUCGCGGGAUGGAAAGCUGCAGCUUCUGCCACGACCACCAGCAGCGCCAGCCUGCAGACGGCUGUUACACCCUGGACUUCAUCCGACUUCAACCAGCAGGACCGCUCAGCAGCUCAGAGCUUCGCUUACACCUCCACUCCUGCCCUCCCUGCCGAUGUGUACAUGCAGACUCUGUGUCCCAGCUACACCAUGCUGACCUACACACACACACCGAUGCUCACUAACUUUGGGAACAUACCUAUGGCUCCAGCUUCAGCUGCCCUCCCACAGAUUGAGCUCCAAGAUUCUGGGUUGACCUACCUGCCCUGGGCCCCGCCCCUCACCACCAUCUCUACCAUGCCCAACACAGGGGUCCAGUACGCCUCCGGCCAUGCAGCGCUGCCUGGCUCUUCUCUUGUCCACCUGCCCAUGUCCAUGUCUCUGACCACCAUGAUCCCUCAUGUUGUAGAUCCUCAGCUGCAGGUGCCGGACCCCCCGCAGCAUUCGGAGGCCCUGGACCCUGAGUCACAUGAUCAGUGUCUCGAUGAAGAUCCAGAUGUGGGGUCUGAACCCCCGAGCCUUUUGGAUAAACUCCUAGAAGAGCAAAAGAAUGACGAUGAAGAGGAGAACAAAAACUCAUACAGCAGUGCAUAUUUUGUUCCUGAUAAUUGAAAAUAUUUGACUGUUUUUCACUCAUGAAAGUAUGUGUCCUCAUUUUGUAGCUAUCGCCUAUAAUUGAUUGUGACAGCACCAAGAUCAAAUAAUUAGCUAAAUUCUUACUUGUGGUUUAAUGUGUACAUAAGGCAAACAUUAAUGCUUUUAAUAUUUCAGAUGAUUUUGCAUCAUUACAGACACACAUGGUGUGGCUUAAACAUAUAAUUUUCAAGUGACCACCUUCUGUGGUGAACAGUGAAGCCUAUGCAGAGGUUCGAAAAACUGCAGUUCCUCUAGUGUCCACUUGAUGCUGCCUACAAAAGCCCUGAAAGCCCCUUUAACAACCAUUUCAAAAUGUCAAUUUUUACAGCAGAAAUAAACAUUCAUACAGCCUGGUUCAAACAACACUUGGUAUUAAUAGCUCAUUGGUUUAUUGGUACAAGCUGUAGUUACUUUUUUUUAAAACUUCAGAAACCAACGGGUGACAUCCCUGAUUUUACCCGCCAGAAUCCAGAAGUUUCCGCUCAACUGUUGCCCUGGAGACUAGGGGGUUUGUUUUGUAUUGUCAAGCCAGUGAUGUUUUUCAAAUCGGAGCCUUUGAAGGAAGAGAUAUGAUGGCUGUUAAGUAUUUAACCUUAUAAAAAGGUCAUUGUCUGUAGGGAUCCCUUCUGUAAUGUUUGUUGGAUAUUUUGAAUAACAAUCUGAACCAAAAACCAAAAAGUAGUUUUAGUUGACAAAGUACAUUUGCCUGAAAAAAUUCACUUGAAGCCAACCUCAACAUAUUCAGUCUGUACAAACAGGGCUCAGGUUAAAAACACAAGAACUCCCCUUUAACCCUUGUGCCCUAAUUACUUGUUAUUAUGACCAAAUAUGUCACACCUUUUUUGUAUCUAUUCCUCUGGAUUUUUUUCCUUUUUUUAUUUUUAUAAUGCUUUCAAUUGAUUUUGGACAUUAUGAAUUGAAAAAUUAACCCUUUACAUGCCACUUUGGAUAUGUGUAUGCUCCACUAUAACGACAUGGGAAAUAGAAUUAAGAAUCCCCUUCAUUAAGUAGAUGAAAAUAAAUUUGUUUCAAUGGAAGUCAAUCUACUGUACCAAGUUUGGGCCAAAAGUUUUUUUUUUUUCAAUGAUAGGCAGUUGUCGCAUGCAGUUUAAAGUAUACAAUUGAAAGAUAUCGGGGGUUUUCGAGGAAGCAGUUACAUUUAUGGACUGUCCAUCUCCUGACAGCCUCGAGAUAGUUGCCUCAGCAAAAAAAUAUGUUGUUAAUGCUCUCAGUUCCAAAGAACUGGCAGACGAUCUCUGCGUGUCCAGGGAAUCAUGUUUUUGUAUCUUUUACUGGCUGAUGAUUUGUAACACAGCAGAGGAAGAGCUGAACUCUUGUCAAGCUGACCCCUGGUUAAGCAGCAGGUGGGACAGAUUAACUGUAAAUGGCUGUACCAUCAGUAUUUUUGUGUCAUGACCUCAUGGAAAUGGAAGAGUGGCACAAAAAGAUAACUGUGCUCUGUUAUAAAAAAGAAACAAUGUGUGUCAAAGUUCAUCCUUCAUUCUCUAAAUAAGCCAACUAAUGCCGGUGAGAACAUGCAAAGUCAUAAACCCUUUGAACCCUGCAAUACUUUUUUUGUUUGAGUUUAUUGUGAGGUCAUCGUUUAAGAAUUUCUUCAGAUACUGUACAGAUAUUCAAAAAGAUGUGUGAGUCAAUGAAAAGUUCUAUCAGAAAAUAUGUAUCACAUUUUGUCAUAAAUAAAAAAAAGUAAUGUUUGCAAAAUAAACACUCAAAACAUAUGAAUCAAAACCA